UCAAAUCAAAUAAUCGAAAAUGAAAUUCUUCAUCGUUGCUCUGGCUCUGAUCGCCUUGGCUGCUGCCAAACCCCAAGACGACCAGUACACCACCAAGUACGAUAGCGUCGAUAUCGAUGAGAUCCUCAAGUCGGACCGUCUGUUCAAGAACUACUACAACUGCUUGAUGGAUAUGGGAGCCUGUACCCCAGAGGGCAAUGAGCUGAAGCGUGUCCUGCCCGAUGCCCUGGAAAACGAUUGCUCCAAGUGCAGCGAGAAGCAGAAUGAGUCCAGCACCAAGACCAUCAAGUUCCUGACCGAGAACCACCCUGAGGAAUGGAAGGCCCUGAAGGCCAAGUACGACCCCGAUAACAAGUACGUCGAGAAGAACGUGGCUAAGGCCGAGAAGGAUGGAAUCAAGCUGUAAAUUUACCCUUGACACCCCCCCAAAGCAAAUCAAUCAACCGCCAUGAUCUUGAGGAAAAUUCUUCUGUGUUUCAAAUGAAUUAUCAUGCCACCGCCCAGAGAUAGUUUUGCAGACUCCGCCGUGCAGAGUAACCAUUGGUGACAAUAAACGGUUUCUGUAACUCA